UGAGGGCUGCAGGUAUUUUGGUGCGUGACGAUAAGACGGCGCUGGAGGAGGUAACCGAGGCAUCUCGGGAGCUCAAUGCUUCUGAUCCACUUUUUGUUGCUGCCUUCUUCAUCUUAGAAACUUUUUCAAGUGAUGACAUACGUUCACCAUCCUCGCCAACUUCCCUCGCCAGCUCCCCUGGAUGUCUUGUAACCGGAAACCUGGGUAAUCUCUCUUCGGUGGAUGAAAUCAGCAGUAAUCGUUCAUCGGAGGGAUCCAGAAAGGACAAAUCAUUAGGUCUACUAAGUGAAAAAUUUCUGGAACAUUUUCCAAUGGAAGUAUCUUUUUUGGAAUCUCCUCGACGUCUAGUCAUUGACGAAGUGGCAUCCAUGCUUGGUACAGAACGGCGGCGAGUGUAUGACAUAAUUAAUGUUCUGGAGAGUCUGAGCAUGGCUGCUCGGGUACAGAAAAACAUGUACCAGUGGAUGGGGAAGCUGCAUCUGGAAGAAACGCUGUCACACCUCAAGGCUCUUGGUCUGAAACUAGGUAUGGGCUUGCACCUCCAGGCACAGCAGCAACACUUGGAUAAUAACUUUAAACUUCCUACAAACGUUAACGCCAAUGGUGAUGGAGACAAGAUUGACUCCAGAAGAGAAAAGUCACUGGGUAUAUUAUGCCAGAAGUUCCUGAUGCUCCUGCUAGUCAGUCCAGAGCCACACGUUAUUUCCCUGGACAAUGCAGUGCAAAAGCUGGAAGGGGAAGUUGGCGAGGAUGGUGAACGUCUGAGAACAAGGGGAAGACGGCUUUAUGUUAUUGCUAAUAUAUUAACAUCCUUGGGGCUAGUGAAGAGAGUUCCCACAGCCAAGGCUUUUCAGUAUGUUGGUCCUGAAGUAACAGCUGCAGCCAGUGAGGAUGUUUCACUGGGGGUGCUGCACCGCCAUUCUUUACUCCCAUCACGUCUAGGAAGUAGUGGAGGUAAGGAGAAUAUUUCACUUGGUGACCAUGAUGUCACUCCCUCCAAUAUUACUCCACCUGUACGAAAAAGAGGGCGGCCACGGAAACUCUCCUCAGAUUUUUCAGCAUCUAUAUUACCAGUUGCUAAACGAUCCAAGAUUCAGAGAACUUGCAGUGAAGACAUCACCACGUCAAAACCUACUCGAAAGUUCACACGUCAUCCAUCACUCCAUGAUAUCUGUCAGGUAGCAGAGGUGGAGCGAGAGAAGCUGAUACAAGAGGAGCAGCUGCAGCAAUCACACUCGAAUAGGGAAAUAAUUCUCAACCCCAGUUCUUACAUGUCAUCACUUGAAAAAGUUUCUAAGAUGAAGAAGGCAGCAACAAAAAGUGGAUCAGAAGCAUUGAGCUCCCGAGAUGCCUCGGUUACCUCCCUCCAGCGCCGUCUUACGUCACACACCAAAAUACCUGCAGCCCUCACUGCCACAAUAAAU